AUUACACAAACUAUAUGGCACCCCUGUGGUUUCAUGGAGGAAGAAUAUCAAGGCACCCUUUAAAAUUAUGGACAAUUUCAAGGCACCCUCUAAAAUUAUGGACAGUCCCGAGGCACCCUUUAAAAUUAUGGACAGUCCCGAGGCACCCUUUAUAAUUAUGGACAGUCCCGAGGCACCCUUUAAAAUUAUGGACAGUCCCGAGGCACCCUUUAAAAUUAUGGACAGUCCCGAGGCACCCUUUAAAAUUAUGGACAGUCCCAAGGCACCCUUUAAAAUUAUGGACAGUCCCAAGGCACCCUUUAAAAUU